CGAAAUAAAUGUAUUAGCAGACACUAAUAAUUGUAAUACCAAUAGAGCAAACGAUCCAUGCGUUAUGGCAAAUGCUUCAUUGAGACCUUGUGGCUCAAGUGUUCCUAAACCUUCAACAACUUCAUCGACUACAGAAUUACAUAUUAAUACAUGUAUGGCGUCUACAAGCGGUUCAGAUGUUCAUGUUAGAGAUUUGUCAGAUUAUAAAAAGGAUUGUACUAAUUUGGGUGCUGUAUUUGAUGAAAAUGCCGGUUCAAGUUCAAAUUUUGUUUUAAUAAUAGUAUUUGUAAUUAUUGCAAUUAUUGCAGUUGCAAUUGUAGCAUCACUUGUAAUUUGUCAACUUUGUAGACGAAAAAGACAAAAAAAUCAAAAUGCAGCGGCAGCAUUUAAUGAGAUAAUACUCCCUGAUAGUCAUUACACAGGUGCUCAAAAUCGAUAUUCAAUUCCACAAUCAAAUGUUGGUUAUUCUUCAGCUCCACCUCCUCGAUAUUAUUAA